AUAAGUAGCGCUUAAAAGCUCAUCUGUCUUCUCUAUAUAAACUUGCAACCGAAUGCAAUGCAGUAAAUAGUUUCAAUUUAUACUCAAUUAAGUGAAAAUCUUAAACAAUGAACUGCAAUUGGGCCUGGUUAAUGGUGCUGCUGCUGUCAGUGAUCGGUGGUGCCUUGGGUCUCAGCUGUCCCACCGGUUUCAAUGCCGAGCAAAACAAGUGCGUGAGCGAUCGCCCGAUUCGUGGAUCCUGCAAACCUGGAUCGACAUAUCAACUGAGCGUCAAUAAGUGUGUGCUGGAUUAAAUAAACAUAUACGAGUAUAAUCAAGUAUUUCCCAGAAAAGUUUGUUUACUAAACUUGACCCAAUCAGUGAACAUAUACAGAAUCUUAUCAAUGUAUUCAAAAUUAAAGUCGGCUGAGUUCAGCUGAGAAUUAACCAAAAAUAAGCUGUACUAUUCAAAAAAGUGUGAUUGAAAUAAUAUUAAAUGUUGACUUGAUUAAGGA